AUGGCACGACUCAACGCGGCCAAAUCACAGACUCUCGGCUCUCCACGGAAAGCUUGCUUGACUACACAAGCCUCCCAAUUACCUACAACUCAGGUUGCUGGUGAUCUAGGAUCUGGGGCCCGCUACUUCAAAAGCCCGACACCGAAACCGAAAAAGGGAGCAGGUAUCUUAUUUGACAUCUUUUCAGAUGAGGACCUGUCAUUUGAGAGUACGGGCGCGGGGGGAGAUCAAAGCUCGUCGUUUAUCUCUCCUAGCAGACAAAAGAAAUCACGAACCCUCAAACUCACCAGAACCAACUCGCUCCUCCUUCCUUCACAACAGAGACCACAACAGAGACCACGCCAAAGACCCAGUGAUAAAUUGGAAACAGAGGACUAUGAGAAGGAGAAUGAUCUUACGGAAUAUGGCACAGACACAAAUUCACCAACAAUGAGCCCUGCUCCACAGAGAUCGACAAUCAGACGGAGCACGGCACGAACCCCAAGAAGCAAUACAACGGCUAGGUCUUUCAGCCGUCUGAGUCCUGAGGUUGAGGAUGAAGAUUCUGGAAACGAUAGCUUUGCUUCCUUGGAGGAUUUCAUUGUUAGCGACAAUGAGGAGCUCAGCUCUCAUGAGACAUCGGAUUCUGAGACAGAGGAGGUUCAAAGGGAUCCAACACCAUCACCACCUCGUACAUCCCCCAGAAAGAGACUGAUGAGAGGACGACGACCUGGCUUUAAUCUGGAUCAAAAUGUGGAGAGCAAAUAUACUCCUUCUGAGCCGUUCCAUAUAGAAGUCAAGCUGCCUGGUUCUGUGAAGCUUCCCUCCAACCCACCAGUGAGAUCUAAUGAAACGCUUCAAGAUGAUCUUGAUCUUUCUACAAAGCUGGAAGAUCUGGAACUCAAUGGUGACAAUGAGUCAACUUUCCAGGUGGAAACAGAGUCCACUCCGUCCAUCAUAGAGCUGGACUCAUCUCCGCCACCGUUAAAACCAACAAACAAGCGUCCUCAGACACCACCGCCCUCCAGUCCAUCACGAAGUCGUUUCUUGAAGUCCCCGACCAAGGAGAGAACCCGCAUCCCUCCAACCCCUCAUCGUGAAAGCGUAGAUGCCUUUUGGAGUCAAGAGGAGACCAACGACUGGGUUGACCACCAUUCACCACGCAAACAGAAAACCCCCGGGCGUUCUGUAAUUGACUUACUGCGGGACUUUGGCGAUUCGGACAACGAAGGCAGUAGCCAAGACACCAUCACGAGCACCGACUCUGAUUCAAUGACUCGAGUCACAGCUAAGGAAGCGAAAACACCCAGUAAAACUGCGCUCAAAAAGGCCGAGACGGAAGCCCGGAAAGCUGCAAAGGCCCGCCGACUCUCUUUCGAUAACAAAAAGGCAGACUUUGCAGAAACCUUCUUGAAUGUGCUAGACAAUGCGGUGGCCGGGGGUAGAGUCAGCCAGCUUGCUGAGAAGACCGGUGGCGUGAAAAUCAUUUGGUCCAAAACAUUGCAGAAAACCGCUGGUCGGGCGCAUUGGCAGGGUAUAAAUGACCGAGAUUCAAAUGGUCGCCAGAUUCCUGGGACAACCACACACCAUGCCAAGAUCGAGCUGGCUGAGCGGAUUAUCGACAAUGAGUACCGGCUGCUCAAUACACUAGCCCAUGAGUACUGUCAUUUGGCGAAUUAUAUGGUUUCAAAGUGCCACGAUAAUCCUCAUGGCACUAGCUUUAAGUUGUGGGGGAAGAAGUGCGCCGAGGCAUUGAAGGAUCAUCCCAUCUACGGUGGUCAGAUCAAUGUUACAACGAAGCACUCCUAUCAGAUCGAUUACAAGUAUGUGUGGGCGUGUGUUAGCUGUGGUCAGACCUACGGCCGUCACUCAAAGAGUAUCGAUACGGCUCGCGUUUGCUGUGGUGCUUGUAACAACAAGCUUGAGCAGAUCAAGCCUAAGCCGCGCAAUGUCUCACCUAGGAAGAAUCCUGCUACGCCUGCUUUCCAGAAGAAGAUUGUGGAUGAUGUGACACGAGAUCUUGGAAGAUUUGUUCUAUAA